AUGGCAUCAUUUGAGGCGACCAUUAGCCUGAACCAAUCGCGGGCGGCGUUCAUUGAGCGCAUUCAUAAGGAGCUGCUCACAGAAGAGGCGAAAAGCCUCACGAUCUCGAAUCUCCAGAGUAAACUGGAGAUCCUGGAGACCUAUUGGGAAAAGUUUGAGAGUACCCUUGAGAAGCUCAUUGCAACUCAUUUGGAGCAGCUCCUCAGUCCCCCAGCCAUGACAGCUCAUAGUGCCAAGGAACUGAAUGCCUUUCUCACCACCGUCAGCGGAGCUCUGAAUGCCUUGGAAACUCUGGGGUCUCCGACAGCUUACUGGGAUCAAGUUCACGUUCACACGGUCUCACAAAGGCUCAGCUCAAAGCUUUGCGAAGCCUGGGAGGUUAAGAGCACGUGCGAUGGAGAGUAUCGAGAUCAACUCGACUCCUCGUGCUACUUCCACGAAGCCAUCCACUGUCAGCUCAUCCAGCAGGCGACAUCGGCGAAGGUUCACCACGGCACCGCUCAACCAACGCAAAGGUCUAGACCAGUUAAAAAGUCCGCUCCAACGGGGAAGGUCACGUAUUCAUGCUCCAUGUGUGAGGCGGAUCAUUACCUCACGUCCUGCUCAUCUUUUCGUCAGCUCACCGUGCCAGACCGUCGGGAGGUAAUAGAGAGACGCUACCUCUGCUAUAACUGCCUGGGACGACACUCGGUCAGCGAAUGCAGGUCAAAGACCACCUGCCAGUACUGUGGGAAGCUCCACCACUCGAUACUGCACCGUCAGCCAUCGAGUCAGCCUGCACGUCCAGCUCAACAGAGGCAACAGACCAGCUCAACCCAGCUGAAACCUGUCCCGGUCCAGCUCAACCUCCAUCCGCUUCAGCCAACCCCAGCACGUCAUGGGCAGACCAGGUCUAAGGCUCAUCAGCUCAGAUUGCCGUCUCCUGCUCAGCUCGUCAGUCAGCUCCUAGCCCAGCUCAAGAUUUCCAUCCUGGUAUGCUUCUGGCUACCAGCCUUGGGUGUUUGGGUCUCUGCCUAUGCUCUCGGCCAGCUUAGCAACUCAUUAUCGGCAUUUUCAUCAAGUCAGCUCACAUGGGAUCAUCUGGGGGAACUCCACCUAGCUGAUCCUGAUUUUUUCACGCCAGCACCAAUUGACAUCCUUCUAGGCGCUGAUGUCUAUGGGCAGCUCAUUUUACCGCAAGUCAUCACCAGUGGACCGCACUCACCUUCAGCUCAGGUCACGCGGUUAGGAUGGAUCGUAUUCGGACCGACGGAAGGUUCUGAUACUUCUCAAAAGGCCACUUCUCAUUUAACGGUCACAAGCGAUGAUCUCAAUGAACUGUUCACCAAAUUCUGGAUCCAGGAAGAGGUCCCUGAAACUCCAGAGGUUCAGCUCAACGAGGAAGAAGCUCAGUCUUCAUCGUUAGGAGAUUCCAGAUCGUCGACACUCGCUUGCCUCCAUUGUCUGCUCAAGAAACUCUCACGUGAUGAGGCUUAUCGUCAGCUGUACUCAGCGUUCCUCAAGGAAUACGAGGAAUUGGAUCACAUGCGGAGAGUAUCCGGCUCAUCUAUCAGUUCAGCUCUCUCAGACCAGCUUACGAGGGGCCGCAACGCCCCUGGAAUGACCUUGGCACAUGAAGUUUCGGCUUCAGGAGGGUUGAGGGUUCCAGGCGGUACGUGGUCUCCUCCGACUCAGUCCGCACCGAAGUACUUCUUCCCUCAUCACGGAGUUCUCAGGGCAAGCAGUGAGACAACGAAGCUCAGAGUUGUUUUCAACGGUUCCAAUAAGACCAGCUCAGGACAAUCGUUGAACUACAUCAUGCACACGGGUGAGAAGUUGCAGAAGGAUAUCUCGGAUGUAGUUCUCUUUUCGCGGCGGAAACGGCUCAUUUUCAUGACGGACAUAACCAAGAUGUUUCGUCAAAUUCGAGUACAUCCGGAGGAUUGGCCGCUCCAACAAAUUUUAUGGACCGACUCAAACGGAGAUAUCGUCACCUAUCAGCUCACCAAGGUCACGUAUUGCACAAGGUCAGCUCCAUUUCUCUUCAUACGUGUAGCUCAUCAGCUGGUCGAGGAUGAAGGGUCGAAGUAUCCCCUCGCUGUGGAACCGCUCAUAAAAGGAAAAUAUGUUGAUGAUAUCUGCGGAGGUGCCGAUUCAGUUGAAGAGCUACUCAGGACCGCUCACCAGGUGACGCGGCUCUGUCUGUCAGGAGGCUUCUCACUAGCCAAAUGGCACUCGAAUAGCCCAGCCCUACUCACAUCUCUUCAACCUGACAGCACCUCUCAAGAUCAACGGUCCAUAGAGAACUCAAUCACCAAGAUUCUUGGGGUUCCCUGGCAUCCAGGGACGGACAAUUUCCAGUUCUCCGUCACUCAGCCUCAGACCAGCUCAAUUAUGAAGAGGACAAUAUUAUGGGAGACGGCUCAACUCUUCGAUCCACGGGGCUUUUCAGCACCAGUGGUUGUACGAGCCAAGAUAUUGCUCCAGGCUCUAUGGAUCGAGAAGCAGGGAUGGGACGAACCAGUUUCACCGACAACUGCGCAACGCUGGCGGCGAUUCAGGGAUGAACUCACCCAGUUGUCGGAGGUCACCAUACCCAGGUGGCUUGGACUGCUCACGGAUUCCGUCGUUGAAGUACACGGUUUUUCCGAUGCAUCGCAGGUGGCGAGGUCAGCCGUGGUCUAUCUCAAGGUUUUCAACAACGGGAAACCUCAACUCACAUUGGUCUGCUCGAAAACGAAGGUCGCACCGCUCAAACGGCUGACAAUCCCACCGUUAGAACUCACCGCAGCUCUUCUUCUUGCCAAACUGACCAAGUACGUCAAGGACCGACUCAAUCUCACGAACGCCACAGCUUGUCUUUGGACGGACUCAUCGGUCACGCUCACCUGGAUCAGCUCUCACUCAUCAAGGUGGAAGGAGUUCGUGAAGAAUCGGGUAUCACUCAUUCAGGACCUCACUUAA